CCCACGUGCUGGGCAGAAAAAGAAAAAAAAGAAGAAAACGAGGAAGAAGAAGAAAGGAGAGAGAUGAGGUAUUGUCAUAUUUUUUCCAGAACUGCAACAACAAAAGAAACCUCAUCUCUUUGGUACGAUCUGGUUCACACACACAGAAACAGGGGCCACCCCCUAUUACUAAAAAGCCAUGGCCUUUCUUCUGCAACAGGGGCCACCCACCAUCGUCUUCAUCUCUCUAUUACUCAUCACCUGCAUAGCUCUCUCUGCUGCAGCAGCUUUCGCUACCACCACCACUUCAAUCGACUCAAAGGCUCGGCCUUUAGCCAAGUUGAACCAUCCGGUGGUGAUCUUGGUCUCCUCAGAUGGGUUUAGAUUUGGUUAUCAAUUCAAGACCCCAACUCCAAAUAUUCAUCGUCUCAUAGCAAAUGGGACUGAAGCCGAAACGGGUCUGAUUCCGGUCUUCCCAACUGUUACUUUUCCUAAUCACUACUCUAUUGUCACAGGUCUUUACCCAGCUCACCAUGGAAUCAUCAACAACCACUUUGUGGAUCCCUACACUGGGGAGUUCUUCAAUAUGGGAAGCCAUGAGCCCAAGUGGUGGCUCGGCGAGCCGCUGUGGGAGACUGUGGUGAACCAUGGUUUGAAGGCUGCUACGUAUUUCUGGCCGGGUGCUGAGGUAAAGAAAGGUUCUUGGACUUGCCCUAAAAAGUAUUGUCAACAGUAUAAUAGUUCUGUUCCUUUUGAGGAGCGGGUUGAUACUACUCUAGGGUUCUUUGAUUUGCCUAGUAGUGAGAUACCUUAUUUUAUGACACUGUAUUUUGAGGACCCUGAUCAUCAGGGCGACCAGGUUGGGCCUGAUGAUCCCGAGAUUACUGAGGCUGUUGCCAACAUUGAUAGGAUGAUUGGGAGGUUGAUUGAGGGUUUGGAGAAAAGAGGGGUUUUCGAGGAUGUGACGAUUAUUAUGCUGGGUGAUCAUGGGAUGGUUGGUACUUGUGAUACGAAGUUGAUUUUCCUGGAGGAUCUGGCCUCUUGGAUUGAAAUUCCAGCGAGUUGGGUCCAGUCGUAUACUCCAUUGCUUGCAAUUCGUCCGCCCGCAGGAGUUGAUACUGCAGAUGUCGUGGCUAAGAUGAAUGAAGGUUUGAGUUCGGGGAAGGUUAAGAAUGGGAAGCAAUUGAAAAUGUAUCUCAAGGAGAAGCUUCCUAGGCGGUUACAUUAUGCAGCGAGUGAUCGAAUUCCUCCGGUUAUAGGGUUGGUCGAAGAGGGGUUUAAGAUAGAACAGAAGAGCUCAAAGAGGCAAGAAUGUGGAGGAGCACAUGGUUAUGAUAAUGCUGUGUUUUCCAUGAGGACGAUAUUCAUUGGCCAUGGUCCUCAGUUUGCAAGAGGGCGCAAGGUUCCUAGUUUUGAAAAUGUCCAGAUAUACAACUUGGUCACUAAGAUUCUCAAUAUCCAGGGUGCACCUAACAAUGGAUCUGAAUCAUUUCCAAAGUCUAUUCUUUUGCCUAGUGCUUAGUAUCUUUCUCCCAAGCAUUUCCAGGGUGGAGUCAGCUUCUUCAAAUUCAAGCAAUGGUUGGCAAAAUUUAACUAUUUUGAAAUGGUAUGCUUAUGUGCUUGUGAGUCUAUAAGGUCAGAAAUUUUGAAGAUUAUGAGGCUUUGCUCCCAUGAGCUUAGCAGCUGAAGCAUGCUUAUUUUGUUACCAAUGGCACUUUAUUUGCUUCCUUCAAUAGGACCAGCACUUGUAAGCUACUAAAAUUAUGACUUACACUUUUGUAUAGGAACAUCAUGUGGUAGAAUAA